AGCUUUUCUUUGUGUGGCUAUAUUUUAAAUACAUAAUGUACUGAAACAACGCUUCUUAUUUACAAUUAGAGAAUCACGAACAAAAAACCUAUUUCUUUUAUAAAAAAUAAUAAUGUCAAUUACUGUCAAAUUUGACAUUAUACCUACAUAUAUUAUCAUUUACAUUUUUUUUUUACCUCAACACUAUGUGAGUCGUAUAAGUAGCUACAGAAAUAAUAACACAAUGCCGCCCAAAAAAGGAAAAGGUAAAGAUACUACACAAGCGGCCAAAGCUAUGGCGAUGGGGCCUCCACCGAAACCAAAGAAGAUCCCACCACCACCAGCCUGCUUCGGUCCAGACGACUUAGCGAAAUUCAAAGAAAUGUUUAAAGCUCACGAUGAAGAAGGUAUUGACAAGGUGAAAUUAGAGGCUAUACCAUUAAUGUUGAGAAAACUUGGGUUCAACCCAAAAACAGCAGAAAUAAAGGAACUAUUCAGACUUUUUUUGGAAGAUGAUUUAGUUGACACUGUGGAGUAUCACGAAUGGUUGUUUAUGAUAGAAGCUAAAAUGAACUGGGGUGAUGACUUUGAAGUUGAGGUGACGAAAGCUUUUGCGGCGUUAGCCCAUGACGAUGAAGACACUGGUAUAGCGGAUUUAGAGCUUUUACGAGAAGAACUAAUGACAUGGGGAGAGCCAUUGACCGAGAUCGAAUUUGUUGAUUGGCUGAAAUUAGCUAUUAAAGACAAAACUUACAAUCCAGAGGACGGCAGCUUUGCAUAUGUAAAGUUUAUUGAAAACAUGAAUGCUAAGGAUGAAAGAUACAUCAAAGAGCCGAUCAACUUCUUCAAAUUAGAUCAAAAGACGUUAGCUGCAAUGGCCAUGCAGAAGGCACAAGAGGAAAAAGAAGAACAGGAGAGAAAGGAAGCUGAAAGACGAGCUAAAGAAGAAGCUAGACGGCAAAGGAUGAUAGCUGAUGGCUUAAUACCCCCCGACUAAUGAUAAUCCAUAUAUGAAGUGGGCUGUUAUCGUUGGAAAAUAAUUAAUACUGUGACUCUAAAACAAGAUAUUGGAAGUCCUUUCACCAUUUUGGUGUAGGUAUUCUCACAAAUUUAUAAACCUAAGCGAUUUAUUACAAAAGUUUAUACAA